UCCUCUCCUACUUCAUCUUCUUCCUCAAAAUUGAUCUCAGUUAUUAUACCAUAUAGUUACUGCGUAUAUAUGUAAUCUCAGAUGUACGGACGAAUGUGGUUUUGCUUCUGAAGCUCAGAUUCUACUUUAUUUAGUAUCGUCUUCUUCUGUUGAUUUGCUUUAGCUUCAGACAAUUGAGGUACCAGAUGGUGGUUGUAUUUAAUAUCACCUGACUAAGAAGAAGAAACUUGUUUCUUAGCAAUAAAGAAGGGAGAAAGAAGUAGGAUUUUGUUCUCUCUAUUUUAACAAAGAAUCACAAAAGCAUAAGGAAUUACAAAAACAAGAAGAAAAACGAUGAUGCUGAUGAGAAGAAGGUUGGCUUGUUGCAGCAGGGAGAGGGAGAUUAGCAUCGAUUUCGAUGAACAAGAUAGAAUGAUUACAUACGAUGGCUUGGAAACUUGUAUUAUCAACAAUCAAUCAUAUGAAGAAGAAAGUGGAACAAGCCGAGGAGAUGGAUGCCUGACAGAUUCGUUGGAUGAUGAUGCUUUUUCAAGCUGUUCAUCAAGCAAAGAUGCCUCCAGCUCUUUUUCUUCAAAAUGGUUACCAACGAAAAAUGAUGAACACAGUUGCGACGAUUCGAGCUUAUCUGGAAGGUCCAAACAUUUUGAUGCUAAGAAGAAACCAGGCUAUGUCUACUGCCAUAUGGAUGUGGAAGCCAUGAAGGAGAAAUUUUCAAAGCUAUUGCUCGGCGAAGAUGUCACCGGGGGAUGCAAGGGUGUCCAAGUAGCUUUGGCUUUGUCAAAUGCUGUAACACAUCUUGCUAACUCGAUAUUUGGCGAGCUGUGGAAAUUGGAACCCUUGUGCGAGGAGAAAAAACAGAAAUGGAGAAGGGAAAUGGAUUGGCUACUUUCUCCAACUAACUACAUGAUUGAGCUAGUCCCUUCUAAGCAAAAUGAUGCUAAUGGAAGAUCACUUGAGAUAAUGACACCUAAAGCUCGUGCAGACAUUCAUAUGAAUCUCCCAGCUCUUCAGAAGUUGGAUUCCAUGCUAAUUGAGACGCUGGACUCGAUGGUGAACACAGAAUUUUGGUACUCGGAAACUGGUAGUAGAGCUGAGGGGACGAACAAGAGUACAAGCGAGAGCAAGCGAUGGUGGCUUCCAUCGCCACAAGUGCCAAAACCAGGACUCUCUAACUCAGCAAGGAAGAAAUUGCUUGACAAAGGCAAAGUUGUUUAUCAAGUCUUCAAAGCUACAAAAGCCAUAAACGAAAACGUUCUUCUUGAAAUGCCAGUACCUGCCAUUAUCAAGGAAGCGAUACCCAAAUCUGGAAAGAACAGUCUCGGUGAUGAACUGUACAGAAUGUUGGCUGCGGAAUCCGCCACAGUAGAUGAAAUCCUUACAUCUCUCAAGAUUCGGACAGAACAUACUGCACUCGAGACAGUUAACAAGUUAGAAGCUGCUGUGUUUGCAUGGAAGGAGAAAAUUACAGAUCAAGCCAGCAACGGGAAAUCCCCUGUCAGGACACCAUGGUCAUUCACUAAAGAUCCAUCGUCUGAAAUCGGUCGAAAUGAGCCACUCUUGAACCGAGCAGAAGCGCUUAGAUACCAGAUCAAAUACAAAUACCCUAAUCUCCCUCACUCGUUUCUUGAUGCCACGAAGAUUCAGUAUGGCAAGGACAUUGGUCAUGCGGUUCUUGAGGCAUAUUCCAGAACACUUGCGAGUUUGGCGUUCAGGAUUCUUUCAAGAAUGGGAGAAAUCUUGAAAGAAGAUUCUUUAAGUAACCCAAACUCUCCCGCGCCACCGAGUUGCUUCCCUAGCUCUCGUGAUCUUUAUAGAACACCUGAGAGGCCUUUGCUUUCAUCACGUGUAAGGCAUUCUCUAACAGAUGACAUGAACAAAGCCGAUGGGACAGAGACUGGUUUAGAGUUUUUGUUCGCAGAUGCGAAGAUCAGUUCGGUGAAUACAACUCCAAGUAGAAGCAGUAGAUUAUGGUGUCUGAGUAAAGUGCCGCCUGAUGCUUCUCCUUGAUUUAGAAGGUCUUACAAGUUCGAUGCGUGCCACCUGAAGCUUCUCCUUUUUCUAUUUAGAUGAUUUUAAAUUAUGGAGCCUAAUAUAUUGUAAAUGUAUUAUCAACAUGCACUGAAGUAUGAAUACAUGCAAUUUUGUUCAUAACUUC